AUGAAGCUAUAUAUUGUGACUAUCUGCCUUUUUUGCUUCUGCUUUGAGCCUCUUCAUGGUAAGUGAUCUCCACAGUCUCCUGGCAGCCAUUUACUGAUCAAUUUACUAGUGGAAGGUUGUGUGGGGAAGAGGUAGAAGAGGAACACUGGUCAGAAAGCCUUGGUGGAUAAAAGGCACCUUAACUUUCACGGUGAACGUUCCUGCGGUCUUUUAAAUGUCUCUGUGGGAAGUGGGGAGUUAUUAUUUUGUCGUUUUGGUUUAAUUAUUUACUUGUGUUUUAUUUUGUAUUUUAUUCUGUGAGCUUCCUGGAGAUCUCUUGAUGAAGGGCUGUAUAUAAAUUUAAAUUAAAAAUAAAUAAAAACAACAACUUUUUACAUGGAAAUACGUUAGUUUUGAACUGAACCACUGCUUAAAUUCAAAGGAUGGGUGGAUUUCUGCCAACAUCAGUUGGUGCUUACUGUGGUUUUUGAGGCAAAAAAGUAAUGUAUUUCCCCCCCUCCCUUUUUCAUAUACAAAGAAAACUAACCUUUAUCUGUUUAUGUACCACAUAUUGAUAAACCUAUCAUUCAACAAUGCUUGAAAAACCAACCAUAGUUUUAAAAAAGCAGCGGUAGUCAAAUAUUUCAUUAUCUAAUUAGUGAUUCUGGAAAUUUGGCUGUCUAGAAGUCAAGUCGAGCAGAUUUUUUUGUCUUACUAAAUAAGUCCUUUUUUUGAAGAUGUAGCUAGACACCUUCCAGACAAAUACAGUUUUUUUGGGUUUCCAAUUGUGGCAUAGCUCCCCAUCCCUUAUGACCUUUCCAAUAUGUCGGUUCUUUUGUUAAGUAAGUGUGAUGUGUGCACAUGGUUAGCGUGGUUCUCUCUGAUUUUUGCAAUAAGUUCUCCUGUGAAAAGUUGCUUUUCAGUAGGUAUCCAUUGCUUGUUCAGUACAUUUCAAAUUAAUAAAAACACAGUGACUCCUUCCCACUUACUUCAGAACAUAUCUGUUGUUGCUUACCUUUCGUGCUUGGAACCUAGAUAUUUGAAAGACCUCCUUCUACUUUAGGAGCCUAUCCAAAUGUUAUAUUUCUCAGAGUUCCCUCUCAGGUCCACUGCCUCUGAGGUGGGGCAUGUUAGACUGCAGAAAGGGUCUUCUCAGGUCACCAUGAAAUGUCUCCUCUAGGGAGACCCACCUGGUACCAAACUUGGUGCCUUUUCAGGUCAGGCUUUCCAGCAUGUCAUUUGAGCUGGUUUUAAAUUUCUCACUCUUCUUCUCUCUUUGCUGUCUUAAAUCCCACUAUCGAAUUUUAUGUCUUCUUAUUAAUAUUGUGAGCUCUGCUGGGAGCUGGUUUCAACUGAAGGGUGGCAUGAUUGCAUUUUAAACAAAGAAAUAAACAAAUACAUUAGGAGUUCAUGUGCCCGACUCAGCAACUGAAUUUUGGGACAUCAGACAGGACUCUUUCACACUGCCCAACCCACCACACUCUCUUAAAUAUCAAUAUUUUAUUAAUCUUUUAAAGAGACAAAAACAAGAAGAGAACAGAAAUAGAGUUGCCAUAUUUUGAAGAGCAAAACUUUUCACAUUUGCCAACUUUUACUUUUAACUAUGGAUCACUAUGACGACUCUACCCAUGAAAAAGAGGACUUGUCCUGGAAAAAGAGGACAAAUGGCAACCCUGCAAAUUGUCCAUAAACCUAGCCCUUAUAUAGAGCAAGGCACCUGAGAACAGCAGAAGGGAGACUCAGUGGAGGACAAAGGGCUUGUGUGAAUAGUACAUCCUCUGGGAUUCUGUUUCCCUCUUGGCUGCCAAAUAGCUCAGUCAGUUGAGCAUGAGACUCACAAUCUCAGUGUUGUGAGUUUGAGACCCACGUAGGACAAUGAGAUUCCUGCUACUUAUUAAUACUACUUAUUAACACACAAGGGACGCGGGUGGCACUGUGGGUAAAACCUCAGUGCCUAGGGCUUGCCGAUCGCAUGGUCGGCGGCUCGAAUCCCCCGGCGGGGUGAGCUCCCAUCUUCGGUCCCAGCUCCUGCCCACCUAGCAGUUCGAAAGCACUCUUAAGUGCAAGUAGAUAAAUAGGUACCGCUUUAUAGCGGGAAGGUAAACGGCGUUUCCGUGUGCUGCACUGGUGCCAGCUCGCCAGAGCAGCUUCGUCACGCUGGCCACGUGACCCAGAAGUGUCUCCGGACAGCGCUGGCCCCCGGCCUCUUAAGUGAGAUGGGCGCACAACCCUAGAGUCGGACACGACUGGCCCGUACGGGCAGGGGUACCUUUACCUUUACCUUAUUAACACACAAUGUUUGCAGAAUGAGAAAUGUUUUCCAUGGGUGAAAAAAAACACUGUUUUGUUUUUAGGUGGUGACUCCUGUUCAUCAUUUGCAUCCAGCAGAGCAUCGCUGAAAGGUACAUACUUUUUUUUUUAGGGAUGUUUGGAUGAAAUCAAUCUAGCAUGCCAAACUUUAUUUCUGUUUUUACUGUUGCGCAUCUAGAGAUAUGAUACAAAAAUUUAGAGGAAAGAAAUGAUGUCUACAAUCCUGUAUCACGUUAGGCUGUUUAAAUCUCAUGCAAAGUAAAUGGGAUUAAAGCAGCCUGUGUAUGGGAUUGGAGCAAAGGAUAACAAUCCAGUAUGCAUGUACAGUGGUACCGCAGCUUACAUACGCUUCAGGUUACAGACUCUGCUAACCCAGAAAUAGUGCUUCAGGUUAAGAACUUUGCUUCAGGAUAAGAACAGAAAUCAUGCUCCGGUGGCGUGGCGGCAGCAGGAGGCCCCAUUAGCUAAAGUGAUGCUUCAGGUUAAGAACAGUUUCAGGUAAAGAACGGACUUCCGGAACGAAUUAAGUACUUAACCUGAGGUACCACUGUAUACUUAAGCACCACUGAAAUCAACAAAGAUUAAGCAUGCCCGAUUCUGAGCUAGAUUGCACUUCACAUGAUUUAAGAAGAUUCAUAACCAUGGACAAGGAUCUGACCAAGUCAGUUUUAAACUUUGAAAUAUCAUCCAGAAGAUCUGUUCAGAAUAAACUAUUUUGGCUGGUAUUUCAUCACAUUUAUAAACUGCAAGUUUGCAGCCUUCAGACUGGGUCAUCAAAUGAUGGAGCUCAGUCCCUGGCAAGGGCACAGAAGAGCAGAAAACUGAGAGUGAAAGACUUAGAAGAACUUUAAAACUUUCUAAGGCAAACGAAUGGGACGCGGGUGGCGCUGUGGGUUAAACCACAGAGCUUAGGACUUGCUGAUCAGAAGAUCGGUGGUUCGAAUCCCAGUGAUGGGGUGAGCUCCCAUUGCUCGGUCCCAGCUCCUGCCAACCUAGCAGUUCGAAAGCACGUCAAAGUGCAAGUAGAUAAAUAGGUACCGCUCCGGCGGGAAGGUAAACGGCGUUUCCGUGCGCUGUUGUGGUUUGCCAGAAGCGGCUUAGUCAUGCUGGCCACAUGACCCGGAAGCUGUACGCCAGCUCCCUCGGCCAAUAAAGCGAGAUGAGCGCCGCAACCCCAGAGUCGGCCAUGACUGGACCUAAUGGCCAGGGGUCCCUUUACCUUUACCUUUUUAAGGCAAACAAAUGCUUGCUAAAAUUAAACUAUACAGGGGUGGCCAACUCCCAAGAGACUGUGAACUACUAGCAGUGACCUACCCCCUUUUUGGGGGUUCAGGGCAAAGUUACUGAACUUUUUUUAGGGAGUAAGAAAGGAGGAAAGCCCCAUUUUUGGGGAGAUCAAGGCUAAGCUCUUGGGAGGGAGAAAGGGGAAGAGCUAUUCACAGAUUGCUGAGGAAACUCCAUCUACUGAGUAAACUCCAUCUUCCAUUCUGCAGAACAAUGGAGGGCGGGGUGAAGAGGUGGGGCAAAUUCUAUUUUACCAACGCUAAGGAAAGGGACCCAGUGAUCUACCAAAACCUCCCAGGGAUCUACCAGUAGAUCGCGAUCGACCUGUUGGAUAUCCCUGAACCAAAAAAAUUACGAACAUCAUCAUCAUGAUUAAUAAUAAUUUCAUUUACAUGCUGCCCUUUAUCAAAAGAUCGCAGGGUGAUGUACAACAUUAAAAACAUAUUUCAUGGAGCAAAAUAAUAAAACAACAGUGAAAUCAAAGGAUGGUAAUAGAUAGCGUAAUAAUAAAAAUAGCCAUUAAAAUUCAAAUGACUUUUUGCUUACGCAAACCAGUUGAGCAGAUUGGGAAGAUUUCACUGGAAAUUCUUGGCAGAGAUAGUCAAGAUCAGGGGUAAGCAACCUUUUUCAGCACGGGGCCAGUCUACUGUCCCUCAGACCUUGUGGGGGGCCGGACUAUAUAUUUUUUUUGGGGGGGGGAAUGAACGAAUUCCUAUGCUCCACAAGUAACCCAGAGAUGCAUUUUAAAUAAAAGGACACAUUCUACUCAUGUAAAAACAUGCUGAUUCCCGGACCGUCCAUAGGCCGGAUUGAGAAGGCGAUUGGGCCGGAUCCGGCCUACGGGCCUUAGGUUGUCUACCUGUGGCCAAGAUGGUUGCCUCCAGAUGUUGUGGACUACAACUCUCAUCAUCCCUGGUCAUCCUAGUUGGGGCUUAUGGGAGUUGUAGUCCAUCUUAUUGGGUAUCCUGGCCGUAGGUGGGCAUAGAUAUUCCUGCUGCUUAUGGUAGCUCAUGAUGCACAUGCUAUAAGACCAGAGAAAACAUCAGGGAUGGGGUGUCUAGAAAGAGCAUAACUCCCCUCUUUAUCGUUCCUCUCUUCCUCAAAUGUUCUUCUUUUUAAUAAAAUAAAAUAAAAUAGAAGAACAGAUGCUUGUACUUCCAAUGGGAUUUUUCUUUUAUAUGCUUAUUGUGAACAAUUUCAUUCUCUCUCCACUUCCAGGGAAUCUUACUGCCUCCAGUGAUGAAUUUCCGAGAGAGAACUUCACAUUUGACUGCCCUUUGCCACAUAGUGCUGACAUCUUCCAUAUAAAACUGUUCAGAGGGCAGCACAAAGAAAAAGUCUGUGAUCUCUACAUAGAAAAAGGGAAACCACGCAUUAAAGGGAGUGACAUUUGUAAUCCAGUGCAUUCCGGUGAUAAAGUGUCAUUUGUUCUCAGAGAUUUGAAAAGCAAACAUAGUGAUACCUACAUCAGCUGCCUAGAAAUCUAUGCUCCUGUCCCUCAUUGCUGUGAAACAAUUGAAAAACAUCUAUAUAUCCAAGGUCAGUAGACUGCUUUAUCUUUGUUGUCUAAGUGAAAAAAUGAGAGUCCUGCUAGUCAUUCAUCUGUGAUAACAGAUACACCUUAUGUUGUUGUUUAGUUGUUUAGUCGUGUCUGACUCUUCGUGACCCCAUGGACCAGAGCACGCCAGGCACUCCUGUCUUCUACUGUCUCCCGCAGUUUGGUCAAACUCAUGCUGGUAGCUUCGAGAACACUGUCCAACCAUCUCGUCCUCUGUCGUCCCCUUCUCCUUGUGCCCUCCAUCUUUCCCAACAUCAGGGUCUUUUCCAGGAAGUCUUCUCUUCUCAUGAGGUGGCCAAACUAUUGGAGCCUCAGCUUCAGGAUCUGUCCUUCUAGUGAGCACUCAGGGCUGAUUUCCUUCAGAAUGGAUAGGUUUGAUUUUCUUGCAGUCCAUGGGACUCUCAAGAGUCUCCUCCAGCACCAUAAUUCAAAAGCAUCAAUUCUUCGGCGAUCAGCCUUCUUUAUGGUCCAGCUCUCACUCCCAUACAUCACUACUGGGAAAACCAUAGCUUUAACUAUACAGACCUUUGUUGGCAAGGUGAUGUCUCUGCUUUUUAAGAUGCCUAAAGUCUAGAAAGUUAAAUCACCCUUCCAGUAUAGAAGGAUUUCUAUACUGCAUUUUUUUAAAGUGAUAUAUGAGGUGGAAAAUUUGUCUCUUGGCUUAUUAAUAUGUUUUUUUUGGGGGGGCAGUGUGGCAUUAUGAUGGUAAACCUACAAUUCGAAUUUACCAGUCAGAUCUACUGUGUUGGGAGGAAAACUGCCACAUUUCCCCCGAGGUUCAUGAGACUAGAAUGGUGGCCAGUUCUACAGCUUUCUCUGUGCCCCCCCUUCCCUCCAUCUGUGACUGUGGCCUUACCCUCAUGAGGGAUAGGUGUGGCUGGUAGAGGUGCAGUGAAAAUUUGAUUCAGUUUGCAUUUAAAGGUGAAUUGAUUGAAUUCACACCUCCCCAAACCAUACUCCAACCAAAUUCCAAGCCAUUGCUUGAAAUUUGCACUUCAGCGAACGUUGCGAUGCAGUUCUUCUGUCAAACAAUGUUUAGCAAGAUGCAUAUAUCAGGGGAAAGUUGGCAUGAAAAUGACUAUAUUAGUAAUACGAAAUUAGGGGAAACUGCUUGAAAAAAAUGUGUACAUUAGUCGAAACCGCCCGGGAGAAAUUUAGUAUGCAUUUAGUAAGGCUGUUGGAUUUUCAUGAGGAUUUUUAAACUAAAGAACUGAGUUUAAGAUUGGAGAAAUCACAAAAUGAAAUGGCAGAUCCUUCCAUCCCUAGUCACUAGGGCUAAGGAAGACUGGCAAAGAAAGAAGGAAAGAAGGAAAGAAGGAAAGAAGGAAAGAAGGAAAGAAAGAAAGAAAGAAAGAAAGAAAGAAAGAAAGAAAGAAAGAAAGAAAUGUACAGACAAUAGUGGUUGAUCUUAGGCCCGAAGAUCUAAUAAAAACUAAUUAUUUAUAUUUUUUUUCAGAAGAUGCAGAAGAUUCAAAAGUUUCAGAAGAUUCAGAAGUUUCCUGCUUGUUCUCAGAAUCUGCAUCAUGGAUACUCAUUGGGCUCACUGUUUUUUCCGUUGUUGCCUGCAUCUUCUGUUUCACAGCAUGCUGCCUGAGAAAUGUGGUAAGUGUUCUGCACAGCCUUCUUCAAAGGCUCCUAACCUGUCCCUGCGAGAUGGAGCGACAUUUGGGCUUUCGUUUGUGAGAUGCAGAGUCAGUAACACCCUCGCACACCUACGGAGUCAGCACGUCGAAUGGAAACUGCUUUGAUGAACAAAUUUGAGCCAUUUAUUUACGACCGGAAUUCAGUCACCGGUGACAGCAGUUUACUUUCAAUUUCUCUAAGACAGAGCUGCUUAUCGAUUUAAAGACCUGGAGCUUGAGGAAAGGGAGGGGGGGGGAACUUUGUGAACAUCAGCAAAAACGACCCGAGGAAGCAAUCCCCCUUAUUGCUUCCUUCCAAAGGAGAAACAAAUAACUGUGGUCACCGGCCAGCUCUGAAGUCAAUUGAGUGGUCAUGAUGAGAAGACAGUGAAUUUAGUUUAUUUCUUCUUUCACUCAAUCUGGCAAAGUGCCUCAAAGUCCAUUUUGGAUUCUUCCUGUUUGAAAGUAGGCCUCAGGGCCAGGUUACAUCUUGUUUUUCCUUCAUAAGGAGACAUAAUAAUAAUAAUAAAUUUUAUUUAUAUCCCGCCCUCCCCAGCCGAAGCCGGGCUCCGGGCAGCUAACAACAAUAAAAUAGUACAACAUUCUAAAAUCAUUCAUUAUAAAAUUAAUUCAAAUCAAAUUGAGGGCAACCAUUGGGCUAGAGAUUCUGUGGAGAUUGCCAAAGGAGGGAGUCAGGCUGUGCGCUGACCAAAGGCCUGGUGGAACAGCUCUGUCUUGCAGGGCCUGCAGAAAGAUGUCAAGUCCCGCAGGGCCCUAGUCUCUUGUGACAGAGCGUUCCACCAGAUCGGAGCCACAGCCGAAAAAGCCCUGGCUCUGGUUGAGGCCAGUCAAACCUCUCUUUGGCCUGGGACCUUCAAGAUGUUUUUGUUUGAAGACCGUAAGGUCCUCCGUGGGACAUACCAGGAGAGGCGGUCCCGUAGGCACGAGGGUCCUAGGCUGUAUAGGGCUUUAAAGGUUAAAACCAGCACCUUAAACCUGAUCCUGUACUCCGCCAGUGCAGCUGGUAUAGCACCGGGUGAAUGUGAUCUCGCAGCGAGGAUCUCGCUGGAGUUUCUGGGUCAGUCUCAAGGGCAGCCCCACGUAGAGACUAACAUGUAGAUGUUAGGUCAGGUGCCCCCCCUUUUUUGAGGGUGGAGAUUGUGUACGUACACAAGGAAGCUUCCAUUGAUACCAGCUUCCUGAUUUGCGUACACAAGGCCAAAAAGACAGACGGACGGAAUGUGACAUUCACACGUAACAUUGUUCAUCCAUCCCAACACCAAUCUGAAUGUAUGUGUGAAUUGGUCCUUGGAGAUGAACCGUAGCUUUAGCAAACCAUAGAAAACCUAAGAUGGGAAAGUUAAGUGUGUUGAAACCAUAGCCAUAUCUAUAUACAGGCCUGGCCCACUUUGAGCAGCGAAUCAGGACACACCUGCCUGGUCUAUAUGGAUAUAUAGUGGUACCUUGGUUCUCAAACUUAAUCCGUUCCAGAAGUCCUUUUCCAAAACAAAGCGUGCUUUCCCAAAGAAAGUAAAGCAAAACGGAUUAAUCCGUUCCAGACUUUUAAAAACAACCCCUAAAACAGCAAUUUAACAUGGAUUUUACUAUCUAACGAGACCAUUGAGCCAUAAAAUGAAAGCAAUAAUCAAUGUACUGUACUAUGAAAUAAAUAAGACAGUAUUGUAGAUGAUAAAAUUUAAAAUUAUUAUUAUUUCUUACCUGCACGGAUGAUAGUCAUUGUUUAUCCAUUUCUGCAGUCACACAAUCAAUCAGUAAGCUGAACUAGGUUCCACAUGGUCAUAAAAACAAAUUAACUGAAAAAGCCUCAAAAACAAACAAACCAAAAAACAAAAAACCACGCAAAAUAAAUAGCAAAAACAAAAGCACCAAACUUAAUCCAUUCCAGAAGUCCAUUUGACUUUUGAAAUGUUUGAAAACCAAGGCGCAGCUUCUGAUUGGUCCAGGUGCCCUGGAAGCAAUAGCCGACAGCCACAUCGGGCGUUUGGCUUCCGGGAAAUGUUCAAAAACCGGAACACUUACUUCCGGGUUUUCAGCGUUUGAGAACCAAGGUAGCACUGUAGAUGGAAAUCAGCAAUCUAAAAUCUUUAAUUUCUAUUUCCAGGUUUGCCGCCAUGUCACGAGCUCUCAUGACUACAACAAUGAAUACAUGUCCAUGGCAGCAGUGAAGCCCAUCUAACAACCCACCACUCAGAGGUAAUACACAAUUCUAUCAGUGGCGUACGGACCAUGGACUAGUGGGACUAGCCUAGCUCCCCCCUAGUUCCCUGCAGGACCUUUCUGUGUACCAGGCUCUGUGUAUCUGUGUGCAUGUGCCUCUCUCUCUCUCUCUCUCUCUCUCUUUUUUUCCGUCUCCCUCUCCCUCUCCCUCUCCCUCUGUAAAAGCUGAAAAACUGCAUGACACUGCAAAGCAAUACACACACAUGAGGUGGAAGUGGCUACUUGAAGCAGAACUGCAGACCCUCUCAUAUUCAUAUAUAUAUGUGUGUGUGUGUGUGUGUGUGUGUGUGUAUAUACCGUAUUUUUUGCUCUAUAAGAUUCACUUUUUCCCUCCUAAAAAGUAUGGGAAAAUGUGUGUGUGUCUUAUGGAGCGAAUGCAGGCUGCGCAGCUAUCCCAGAAGCCAGAACAGCAAGAGGGAUCGCUGCUUUCGCUGCACAGCAAUCCUUCUUGGAAGUGGUGAAGUGGUGCUUCAGGUUAAGAACAGUUUCAGGUUAAGAACAGACCUCUGGAACGAAUUAAAUACGUAAACAGAGGUACCACUAUAUCUAUAUCUAUAUCUAUAUCUAUAUCUAUAUCUAUAUCUAUAUCUAUAUCUAUAUCUAUAUCUAUAUCUAUAUUUCAGUUUUAUACAUUUCAAUAGUUUUACAAUAAUCUUAACAUUUCAGAACUUGACUUCCUCCCUCCCUCCUCUUUCUGCAAUGCAGUUCUGCAGCUAAGUCACGUCCACAAAGAUGCAUUAGUGAAAAUAACUAAAGAAUGCGUUGUACUGAAGAAAACCGCAUUGCAAAAAUGUGUACAAUAGGCAAAACUGCAUCCACGGAUGUGCAUCUUAGCAGAGAUUGGCACUAAAAUGCCAGUGAGUUUUCAUGAGGACUUGUUUAGAAAUGAAGAAAUCACAAGCUGACAUGGAAAUGUGAAGGAUUGAAUUUAAGACUAUAAAAAUGAGAAACUGAGAGACACCCAAAUGCUAGCUGCUACCUCUGACAUUUUAUUAAACCAUGGUCUCAUUAAUUGAUUGAGGAGCGGAUGUUAUUUUUGGUCCAUCAGGUGAAAAAGUAAUAUAAUAGUCAUUUUGGACUCACAGCUGUCCAUGGAGGCACAGGUCAAAUCUGUGUCCAGGGCAGCUGUUUACCAGCUCCAUCUGGUACGCAGGCUGAGACCCUAUCUGCCCGUGGACUGCCUUGCCAGAGUGGUGUAUGAUCUGGUUAUCUCCCGCUUGGACUACUGCAAUGCGCUCUACGUGGGGCUACCUUUGAAGGUGACCCGGAAACUACAACUAAUCCAGAACGCGGCAGCUAGACUGGUGACUGGGAGCGGCCACAGAGACCACAUAACACCGGUCUUGAAAGACCUACAUUGGCUCCCAGUACGUUUCCGAGCACAAUUCAAAGUGUUGGUGCUGACCUUUAAAGCCCUAAACGGCUUGGUCCAGUAUACCUGAAGGAGCGUCUCCACCCCCAUCGUUCUGCCCGGACACUGAGGUCCAGCGCCGAGGGCCUUCUGGCGGUUCCCUCACUGCAAGCAGCCAAGUUACAGGGAACCAGGCAGAGGGCCUUCUCAGUAGUGGCACCCGCCCUGUGGAAUGCCCUCCCACCAGAUGUCAAAGAGAACAACAACUACCAGACUUUUAGAAGACAUCUGAAGGCAGCCCUGUUUAGGGAAGUUUUUAAUGUUUGAUGUAUUAUAGUAUUUUAAUAUUUUUUUGGAAGCCGGCCAGAUUGGCUGUGGAAGCCCAGCCAGAUGGGCGGGGUAUAAAUAAUAAAUUAUUAUUAUUAUUAUUAUUAUUAUUAUUAUUAUUAUUAGAUCCUUAUGUCACAGGGCCUUUUAAUUUCUUCCAGGUGGUUCAGAGCUUCAGUUUAAGGUGUGGCUUUUGGAGCGCAGCAGAGAGAGGACACUGAACAAGAAAUCUCUGUCUACCUUGCAGUGUUCAGUUUGGACCUUGUGGUCACAUGCUGACAUCCGCUCAAGAAGAAAACUUCUCUUGCUGCAGCCUCAUUUCCCUGUUGCGUAUUGCCCAAACCAUUCUUCAUGUACGAAGCACCCAGAACAUGCCCAAACUACAUUGAUCAAAUUUAAUGGGUCUGUGUUUGCUUUUUGAAGGGAUUUUCUUUUUGCAGCUAUUCGGAAAACAAGGCUUUCAGGGCCGGAUUCAACUAAACAGAGGACUGUGUGCGCACUAUAUAUUUAAAGCACAUUUCUCUCUAAGAAUCCUGGGAACUGUACUUUAGCCCUCACAAAUAAUCCCCAGCACCCUUUACAAACGAGAGGGACGGAUUCAACUAAGCUGGCAUGCUACCAGAAGCCAGAGCAAGGGCUUUCGCUUGCACCACAGGUCUUCCCCUUCUCCUCCCCGGUCUGGGCACCCCCAGCCCCUCCCCGAAAUAUGCUCCAGAGAAUUGGGAGACCUCCCAUAAUAGCAUGGCACGGGGGGAGGAGAGGGGGAUCAUUCCGUCAGAAAAGCUUUCGCUGAUGGAACAGUCGGAAGAGAUUGACGUCAAAUUCCUCCCAAAACCUUUGAUGGCAGGUUUCCUGUUCUCCAUCUAGGGAUGCAGGUGGUGCUGUGGGUUAAACCACAGAGCCUAGGACUUGCCGAUCAGAAGGUCAGCAGUUCGAAUCCCUGUGACGGGGUGAGCUCCCGUUGUGCAGUCCUAGCUCCGGCCAACCUAGCAGUUCGAAAGCACACCAGUGCAAGUAGAUAAAUAGGUACCGCUCCAGCAGGAAGGUAAACGGCAUUUCUGUGCGCUGCUCUGGUUCUCCAGAAGCGGCUUAGUCAUGCUGGCCACAUGACCCAGAAGCUGUACUCUGGCUCCCUUGGCCAGUAAAGCGAGAUGAACGCCGCAACCCCAGAGUCAUCCGCGACUGGACCUAAUGGUCAGGGGUCCCUUUACCUUUACCUUCCUGUUCUCCACUUUCCCAAACCCUAAGAGCUGAGAUAUAUAUAUAUCAGUGGACUCCAGUAAAAUAACCAGCAGUAUUAUGCCAUUAUGCUGUGAGGUUGGACUAUAGCCUCCUACUGAAGAAUAAGAGAUGACUGGAAGACACCUGAGACUUGUUGAGAACACUCCCAGCCCAAGCAUUUGUGAGCAAAGCCUCUGCAGAUCACCCUUUUGCGUUGCAUGGAGGGUGAGGGCUGUUGUUUCUCUCCCCAAGGGGACAAUUGUGGGACAAUUGUGGGUCCUUUCUGGUGAGAGCCAGGAGCUUCAGGGGUGAGGAGUGUGUCAUGUCGCCCCAUGUCAUGCAAACUCAAGUUAAGGAGACAGCACGGGACCUUUGAGCGCUUCUGCUACCUAUAAAUACACACUCCGGACAGAACCAGCCAUGACCUGAGAGAGAUGUUGGGGCAUCUCCACCUUUCCUGGGGCUGCUUAAGAAAGAACAGCAUGCUCUGAGGGAAGGCAGAGGUGAGGGAGCCAGGCAAGGGACUACACAAACCAUCGACUUCCAGUUGGCUUCAGAGGACUCUGCCACUCUACGUUUUAUGUAACAUAUUUGUUUGGGUGUUUGGAAAUUGUAGACUGCCCUUGGAUGACUUGGCAGAAAGGUAGUAUCUUAACUGAAUGAAUGAAUGUUUGAUAGGUGGGGCUGAUGGCCUCUGAGGUAUUUUGGACGUGCUAGUUGUUGCUAUGGUCCCCAUGUGUUAGUUGCUUCCAUUUGUAUUGAUGUUUAAGGGGGCAUCUUAUUCUUGUCUGUGCUGCUCUAAAAUGUGGACAUUUUUACUUUCUUUUUGUUGCAUUUGACAUUUAUUUGCAGUAUUUUUAGGAUGUUGUAAACUGCUCCGAGGUUUCUGUAAAAUAUGAGGUGGAUGAAUAAAAAAAUAUGAGGUGAAUGAAUAAAAAACUCUGUUGCCGCUGUCUCCCGUACAAACCGCUGGCACGUGUUCCCCCCAAAGUUGCCCAUGAUGGAAUGCAUCCCCCCAAAACCCCACCCCACCUGCCCUAGACAGAAACCUUUGGCCGAAUUUCUAGCUGGAACACCUAACAGAAGGGAAAAGCCCGUGAAAAUGUGUUUCCUUGUGGAAAAAUAA